UUUGUCCUAAUCCCUUUGGGAAGAAAAUAAUAGCUGCUCGCUUGGAUUCCUAAAGGCUCACUGCGUAACUUCUUUUCUCUGUAUCCCAAACCACAGACACAUACAGCCUCUCUCCCUCUCCGAAAAGUUUGGUUGAAUACUUGAAAUGGCAACUCCACCACCACCCGAGAAACCCUCACUCCCGACACGGCUGAACUCCUACGUAGCCACCACCCGGGUCGGAAAGCGCUUCAAGCUCGCCGAACGAAACACGACCUUCACGACCGAGCUCCGAGCCGGUACGGCCACGUUCCUCACCAUGGCGUACAUUCUCGCCGUCAACGCCAGCAUCCUCACCGACUCGGGAGGCACAUGCUCCGUCUCGGACUGCGUCCCACUCUGCUCCGACCCUGCCAUCCCACUCUCCAACUGUACCGCCCCGAGUCACCGAGUCAUCAAUCCCGACAUCUCCUGCAAGUUCCCCCCGGUAAACCCCGGAUACUCGGCCUGCCUCGAGAAAACCCGCAAGGACCUCAUUGUAGCCACCAUAGCUUCAUCUCUCGUAGGUUGUGUCAUCAUGGGUCUUCUCGCUAACCUACCCUUGGCUUUGGCUCCCGGUAUGGGCACAAACGCUUAUUUUGCUUAUACCGUUGUGGGGUUCCACGGCUCCGGUAACAUACCCUACAGAACUGCCUUAGCAGCCAUUUUCAUGGAAGGUUUAAUCUUCCUCUUCAUCUCAGCCAUCGGUUUACGUGCCAAACUCGCCCAACUCGUCCCCAAACCGGUCCGAGUCUCUUCCUCCGCCGGUAUCGGUCUCUUUCUCGCCUUUAUUGGGCUACAGAACAACCAGGGUAUCGGGCUCGUCGGAUACAGUUCUUCGACCCUUGUCACACUCGGAGCCUGCCCGAGAUCCUCCCGGGCAGCGUUAGCCCCCGUUUUAACUUUACCCAAUGGUACCGUUUCCUUACUACCUGGAGGUUCCGUCUCGGCCGAUGUCCUCUGCUUGAAUCACCGAAUGGAGAGCCCGACAUUUUGGCUUGGUGUUGUCGGGUUCGUCAUAAUAGCUUAUUGCCUCGUGAAGAACAUCAAAGGCGCUAUGAUUUACGGUAUAGUUUUUGUGACGGCGGUAUCUUGGUUUAGAAACACCGCCGUAACUGCUUUUCCCAAUACGGAGUUGGGAAACUCUGGGUACCAAUAUUUCAAGAAGGUAGUUGAUGUGCAUGUGAUUAAGAGUACGGCUGGGGCCCUAAGCUUCAAGGGUAUUAUGGGAAAGGGACAUUUUUGGGAGGCUUUGGCCACGUUCUUAUACGUCGACAUCCUCGACACCACCGGUACGCUAUAUUCAAUGGCCAGAUUUGCAGGUUUCACUGAUCUCAACGGUGAAUUUGAGGGUCAAUAUUUUGCUUUUAUGUCUGAUGCUGCAUCAAUUGUGGUGGGGUCGCUACUUGGCACCUCUCCAGUGACGGCAUUUAUAGAGUCAUCAACGGGAAUCAGAGAAGGCGGGAGAACGGGGUUGACGGCGUUAACGGUGGGGAUGCACUUCUUUUUGGCGUUUUUCUUUACGCCGUUGUUGGCGUCCAUCCCUACGUGGGCAGUAGGGCCGCCGUUGAUCUUAGUCGGGGUGAUGAUGAUGAGAUCUGUGGUGGAGAUUGAGUGGGAUGACAUGAGGCAGGCCAUUCCUGCGUUUGUGACCAUAAUAUUGAUGCCAUUGACAUAUUCUAUAGCCUAUGGGUUGGUAGGUGGAAUUGGGACUUUCAUUGUGUUACAUCUUUGGGAUUGGGGAGAGGGUCUUUUGGGAAAUUUCGGAUUUUGCAAGGGAUUGAGGGGGGAUGAUUUGGUAAAUGAAGUGAGAAAUGGAUUUUGCAAUGGCGUUCAAGUAGAUGCUAAAACUCUUCAAGUUUAAGGUAAUCUCUCUCUCUCUCUCUCAUCUUAUUUUUUUCACUGUACAGUAAUUUUUUAGGAUUAGAUGAUCUAUGCUCAUUGCAUAUGAUUUUAGUUUAGUUUUUAUUUACCUUCCUUGUACUCUUUUACUCACAUUAUGUCAAAAUGGUAUCUAAGGUUAUUAUUAUUAUUAUUUUUA